CUGGAGGGCGCACCUGAGCCAGCUGACAGCCCAGAGCGCUCCAGCCGGAUCCCAGCCUGUGUGUGACUGUGUCGGGGCUUCGCACCAUGGAGGCUGCCUAUCAGUAUCCCGUUUUCUUCGAGUGUGCCAAUUUGGACGGAGAGCAAAAGAAAAGGAUAGAAAACUACUUCCACAUUCGCCGCAAGUCAGGAGGAGGCGACUGCGGCUCGGUCACCAGCACCAACGACCGUGUUUACCGCGUUGCGUUUAAGGACCGAGAUGCCCAGCAAAGGGUCCUGCAGAAAUCUGAACAUGUGGUGGAGCUGGCAGGUGGUCCUCUGGUGCUGACUGUGCGAGGCAGCCCAGAGCCUACAAGCGAGUCAGUCAUCUCAAAAGUGGACUUAACUUCAUCACAGCAAAGACAGCAGGCGGGUCUUACUUCAAACCUGCUAACAAGUGGUGAAGAGUAUGAACUACAUCUCGAUUCCUACCUCGUUCGUUACUUAAAGGAAUGCUUAAAGGCUGAGAAAGAACUAGAGAUAAAACUCGCCUCUUUGGCCUGCUCUGCCCAGCUUGACCCAGAGAAGGGGAGGGUUUUAGUCCGGGGUUUAGCUCAACCUGCUGCUGGAGAUGAAGUUCGAAAUUGGAGAGCCGAGGUGGACAAACUCUUUGAGGGCUACCUGUGCCACUAUGAAGUGGAACAUCACAAAGUUAAAGCUUUGCUUCAGUCCUGCAGCUCUCGUCAGACCGCAGACGAGGUGAAGGUGUACAGCGAGGUUGGGUUGGCUGUCGUGGUUGGGGAAAGUUCUCAGGUGAGAGCCAGGUUGAAGGAAGUGGAGGACUCACAUGUUAAACGUGGGCCGUGCAUAAGUGAGAAGCAAAUCACUACUCGUCGACUGGGGGAAGCCAAGCUGCGUCUCCUCUGGAAAGAGGUAGAGCGCAGUUUGGGACGAGAUUUUCCGGGAGUGAAGGUGACGCAGGGAGGUGCAGGUCAUUUAGUCUUGGAAGGUUCUGUGGAGGCGAUCUGUAAGACUGGAGACUGGAUCUCUGAUAAAGAGAAUUUAGUGUUAGAAAGGAAAGUUUCUGACCUGAGCCUACAUUUUUUGGCCUUCCUAAGGAAGGCUUAUGGAUGUCCAACACUACUUGGUGCCUUUCUAGGGGUCGGUGACAAGGUGGAAAUGGAGUUACGAGACACAGAGCUACGUUUGUUCGGCCUCUCUGCUGUUGACCUAGAUGACACAGAAAAAAAACUGCAAGAAAAAUUCAAGGAAGUCAAGAUCGAUGUUCCUGACUGCUCUGCUGUGCCUUCUGAGCUUCGUGAAAUGCUCAAGUCCAAGACAAAUAAGCUAAACCAAGGGCAACAUAGGGCUGAGGCCUGGUUUCGCUCAGACGGCACAGUGUGCUUACUGGGCCACAUGAAAGAGGUCGAAGAGCUGAGUGAAGCUGUCACACAGUUAAUUUUGGACCAGUCAACCAUAGAAGGCAAAGUCAUUCUGCCUUUCCCAGAGUUAGCACAGCUCUUACCAGAAUUGCUGCAGCUGCAGAAAUUUCACUAUUCAGGAGUUAAAUUCCAUCCUUUACCAUCUUCCUCUAGGCCCAUUGUGGUGUUGGAAGGUCCAUCCAACAAAGUGACUGAGGUCAGGAACAGACUGGGUCCAUUCCUGGACUCCCUUGUUCAGGACAGAGUCACCAUUGACCUGCCAGGGGCUGUAAGAUAUUUCGCAAGUCCCCCUGGAAGAGAGAACAUUUUAAGUGUUGCUCGUUCUCAGAAGUGUCUCGUACAGCUCCAAGAACAACCCCACACUACCAGACAGAAUUUGGCAAGGCUGAGUGAAGGCGGCAUGACUGUUGCCAGCUACAGCCUUCGUGAUGGGCUGCAGGUUCUGGUGUGUCAGGGUGACAUCACCAGGCAGGAUGCCGAUGCCCUGGUGAAUGCUGCCAAUGAAGAUCUGGACCACAGUGGAGGUGUUGCUGCCGCCCUGAGUAAAGCGGGUGGCCCUCAGGUGCAGAAGGAGAGCAGCACUCUGGUAAAGCAGGCUGGACGAAUUCCUGUAGGUGAUGUGGUAGUAACCACAGGGGGGAAUUUAAACUGCAAGAAACUGCUGCAUGCUGUUGGGCCUGUACGUGGAAAGUUAGAUGGCAAAGAAAAGGUGUUAGUAGAAAAAGCUACCAAGUCUGCUCUGGAUUUAGCAGAAAUGAUGGAGUUCAAGUCCAUAGCCAUUCCCUGUAUCAGCUCAGGUUUGUUCGGUGUUCCUGUCACUGUGUGCACUGAGGCUAUUGUAUCUGCUGUUAAGAAGUUUGGCGCUCAGGGAGGGCGAAGUUUGAGCAGAAUCAUCCUGAUUGAUAACAGAAAAGAGGUGGUGAUGGCCAUGCAGGAAGCAUGUAAUCGACUUCUCCAAGGGAUUACUGUAGGAAGCACUACAGGUGAUUUAGGGUUCCAAAUGGGUGUUGCUAUCCAAGACACUGCAAGAGGAGCCACUGCUGGAGCUCCUGGAGAUGGCGUCCAUGUAGAGAUCAUUAAAGGAGCCAUAGAGACCCAGCAGGCGGAUGGCCUGGUAUCUCCUAUGGCUGGCCAUAAUCCUCUUUCUACCCGUGUUGGAAACGCUUUGUCCAACGUGGUUGGACCUCAACUGAGUGCCAGAUUUCAUCAGGAAGCAGGAGGUGCAACACUGCCCGGUGACACAGUCCUGGUGGACGGCUUGCCUGCACUUCAAUGUAAAGGCGUGUUCUUCCUCAACCUCAUUCCCUGGGACAAUAACCAGCAUGGAACUGCAGUCCAGGUUCUGAGACAGGGCAUCAGAAAGAUGCUGGUUUCCUGUAAGAUCAGAGGCUAUAGUUCAGUUGCUCUCCCUGUGCUUGGGACCGGGUCUGUGUUGUGUUUUCCUCACAGCGUGGUUUCCAAGGUUGUGCUGGAGGAGGUCCGUGUAUUUGAACAGAACCAAUCCAACCCAACAUCUUUCCUGGUCCGUAUUGUCAUCCACCCCAAUGACAAAGAAUCUAGCAAGGCCUUCCAGUCUGCCCAGGAAACUUUGCAUCUCAGAGGAUUCACAAACGAUGCAAACCCAGACCAAGCUUCCUUUUACCGCCACAUUUCGGUGACUGAUGAUGAGGUCACGGCCAUGCUGGGUGGAGUCAAGCUUCAGAUGGUCUGUGGUGACAUCACUCGUGAGAGCACUGAUGCCAUUAUCAACACAACUGACUUCUCCAGCAACCAGUCUGGCGUGUCCAAAGCCAUUCUGACUGCAGCAGGGGCCACUGUCCAAGCAGAUUUUGCACAAGUGGGAAAUCCAGCAGACUACAUGUGCACCACAGGACCCGGGAAGCUUGCCUGUAGGGAAAUCGUUCAUGCUAGCUUUAACUCUGACCCUCAGGUGAUCCGGAAAAAGUGCAAAAAGAUACUGAAGCAGUGUGAGAGCAAAGGCUACCAGUCAGCAGCCUUCCCAGCCAUCAAUACUGGUGUGGGUGCUAUGGACUUUGCCAAAGCUUGCAAUGCCAUGCUGGAUGGCAUGACCUCGGCUAUUACCGACUUGAAACCCAAGUCCCUCUCGCUCAUCCGCAUUGUCAUCCUGCAACAAGCGGUCUUCCAGGCUUUCAGAUCAGAGCUGGAGAACCGCUUUGGACAAACAGCCACUCGUCACCUCAACAUGAGAGAAAAAGCUGAACAAAGGCUCAAGAAGUGGCAAGACAAGUUUUUAAGGCCUUUCACAACUUCAGCACCGGAAGGCAAAGCCAUCAUCUCCGCAAAGCCACCGCCAGCUGUGAUAAGCGUGAUUAGCUGUAGUCCAGACACCAGCAUGACCAUCAAGAGAGAUUUGGAGGGGAUCCUGCAGAAGCAGCUGGUACAGAGAGAGGUAGAUGAGCAUAGUUUUUCCAGGCUUGAUGCCAUGGAGCUGGAGGCAGUGCAGGCAAAAGUCAAAGUCUUAGAAAUUGGCGUGGAGUACAGGAGGCGACAAAGUUCUGAAGGCGUGAACGGCAACAGAGCGGGAAGCACCGCUAGAGAUCAGUUGGAGCCGGCAGGAAAUGCGUACGUGCUACAAGGCCUAAAAGAGGACGUUUUGAGCGUUGUUGAGCUUGUGACCAGAGCGAUCCAAAAAGCACUUCGCGAAGACCUCCAAGAAAAAGAAGAAGCAAUGUUGGCUCUUCGCGUCCAGUGGUCGAUUCAGCAAGUAAAUGGACUCUGGCAUGAUCUGAGCCUGGGUGACAACUACCGGCUGGAGGAGGCUCACAUGAGGAAACAAGUGUCCGCAGAUGUUACGGCACCAGACGGCACGAAGGUGAAAGUAAACCUUAAGGCGGAAGAAGCCACGAAUUGGCAGACGGGCAUCAAGUACAAAGUGAAAAGGAGCGAGGCAGAAACAACCUUAGAGUUGCCAAAAGAGUGGGACCCUAUGCACGAAGACGUCUUUAAAAAGGUCGAGGUGCAGUCAAACUCACCGGAGUACCGUGACGUAGCCCAGGGUUUCCUUAAAACAGCUAAAUACAACAUUGUCAAAAUUGAGCGCGUGCAAAACCUCUACCUGUGGCGCGCCUUUGCCGUGUGUAGGCAGCGUAUACUCGCCAAGAACGGCUCAGCAGGCGUCGGGGAGAAGCAUCUCUACCAUGGCACGACAGCAGAAGCAUGCAACUGCAUUGAAAGGGACAGAUUUGACAGGAACUUCGCGGGAACACAUGCUGCUGUUUAUGGGAAGGGAGUUUAUUUCGCAGUCAGUGCAGAUUAUUCGGCUCGUGGAUAUUCCCAGGCAGACGCGUCAGGCCUAAGGCGAAUGUAUGUCGCUCGUGUCCUGACCGGCCGUUACACCGUCGGUAGCUCUUCCAUGAAGGCCCCACCGCCUCGAGGCUCGGACCCCACCGACUGCUUUGACAGUGUGGUGGACAACCAGCAGACGCCCUCCAUGUUUGUGAUCUUCCACGAUGACCAAGCCUACCCAGAAUACCUCAUCACCUUCAAGUGAGGAAACGUGACAAAACUCAUCACUUGUUAAAUCCCAGUGAUACCUUAAAAUGUGCCAAGAAUUUCUUCCUCCAGUAAAUAUUGUAUAUAUCAUAUUUUAAUUUUGAGCAGUGUUAAUUUCUCAGAGGUAUAGAAACACUUUACAGUAUCAUGAAAGCAACCAACGUGGUGACAAAGAGGCAAUAUUUUGAACAAAGAAUGUAAUGAAUUCUAACAUUCACCCCUGUAUUGAUCAGCCUUGUUUUGAAGGACAAAGCUGCACCAUAGAAACACUCCUUGAAAUGACUUUGGUUUUUGGAAUCUGUUUUGGCAAAGGCUGUUCUUUAAGGGUUACUUUCAUAUAUUUUAUCUUGUCGAUUAAUAGAGUCCUUAACCUGGAACUGUUUGUUUUGUUGUUUGAUGACGAGCAUAAAGGCCAUGAUACAGCAAGAUAUUUUUUCCAGAUAUAAGUUUAGAUAUUUAGCAUUAGUGCAACAUGUUGACUUGGUCUGAAAAUCUUUGAUAUGUACGGUUUUAUGCAUGUAAGGGACACAUGCAUUUUAACAAUGUAUUUCAAAGUAAAAUAAGCCUCAGUUUCCUCAUUCUCAGCAUGAAACAAAUAGAGGCUGUGCCAAUUGCUUUAUUAAACGUGAUCACACUAAAUUUGAAUGCAAGUACAAUUAUGAUCCCAGAUUUCUGCAGCGUUAUGGCUACUUUAAGUGAGUUUCCCUUGAUAAAUAACAAAUUUCUUUGGUGUUAAAAUGAAGACUACAUUAACACAUUAACAGUGUGAUCCAAAGUGAAGGUGCCAACAAUUUGCAUCAUAUUCAUGACUAAAAAGAAUGCACAAGCGUCAAUGUCACAUGACAGCUGAUACACCUUUAUUGAUAACUGUAGAGGGAACAAUGGAAAUAAAAGAGCUGUAAUAAAAUGAUGAUUUGUGAAUGAGGUUAUGAUUUAUUUGUGGGGUAUGUUUUGGUUUCAUGAAAGUGACUGUAAUCAUGACAAAUGCAUCGUCACUGAGGAGCACAGAUUUCAACAUGACAUAUGUACAUUUGUAAAAAACAAAAAACAAUACUGAAAUCUUUACAAGUUU